CUUCCGAACUGACAUUGUGGUGCCAGAGUAGCCGCAAUCACUGCCGUGAUGGUCAAGGCAGACCAGUGCUGUAACUUUCACGGCAAGCUGUCCCAAUCCGUGACCCCGGAUCCGUGCCCCAGUGAUUGAUCGGCUACAGACUCAUCUCCAUUGCCCUGCACCCCAUAAACGCCCCCUACAACACAUUGACCUCUAACGUUGUUAUAACCUCACAUCACCAACAGACUCAACAAACUCAAUCUACCAAAACUCUACCAAAAUAUCUACCAAAAAUCUACCAAAAAUCCUAGCGUAGAUCACCAUCUCAUCCUGACUCCAACAGAGGCCCACUUCGCUCAGCCCUCGCCCCGUCCAACAUCAGUCUUACCCCUGCAUGUGAUAUAUCCUGUGUGGUUCCCGAAAGUGGCUUCGAAAACCAGCAGACAGCUUCUACAAGAUCAAAGCGUUUGUUCCUUAGGACAAGGAUGCUAUGAUAGGGAUAUACAGCCUUCGAACGCUGCGCAUGAAGAGAAAACAGUGGUCUAGGCUCCCCUUGCCCUAGAUCCAACAGUGCCAUUGUUGGAGAUCAGGGGGCCGGCCUGUGUUGGAUAUGGGCAUGAUGCCAUGCCGUGGUGUGGUAAUACCGCAUUACUUCCGCCAUCGCGGAUAUUAGGCGGGGCGGAAAUUGCGUUGGGUGUGAAGAGAACUCGUCACUUGCAUGAGGAACAAGCGCCUGGGAUUGUGAUUGAUAGUUGUUCCUGCGUAUGGUAGCUACAGAUACGACGGCGAUUGCCAUACUCUCCAAUAGCCACCUAGAAUUACCGCCUUCACCGCGAUCGGCUAUGUUGCCGCUAUCGAUAUUGUAGAAACAAUAUCGAUAGCGGCAACAUAGCUUUAGAUUUGAGAUUUCAGAGUUCAUGUGGAGUUUCAUUUCACUGACAGACGCCCCAUCCCCACACAAAGCGACGAUAAAGGGUUUGGAUAAGGAUUAAGAACCACUUUAAGUUACCUCCCAAGGUCACGCGUCAGUCCAUGUUCGCUUAUGUAAGCCGCAUCGACUGCCGCGAUGCAAACAACCACCAUCGUCGUCAUCCUCCAUAGCUUCCCCUCGUACUUCCCCUCGUACCACUUCUUUUUACUACUAGAAUAUUCAGCGUACGCCCUCGUAGAUAUACACUUCUACUAUAAAUCACCCAUGAACAGCAGCUCCGUUCUCUAGACCGGCACAGCUUUCUCGCUGUCUUCUCGCCGCAGCCAUGUUUGACGUCUUUGCCAUGCUCUUAUCGUCCAUCGCCACCUUCCUCUUCCCCGUCUUUGCCUCCUACAAAGCUCUCAACGCUUCCGAUCCCGCUCUCCUCAAGCCAUGGCUCAUGUACUGGGUUGUCCUUGCAUGCGGCCUGCUCGCUGAAUCGUGGCUCUACUUCAUCCUAUACUGGAUCCCCUUCUACGCCUGGUUCCGCCUUUUCUUCCUCCUCUACCUCAUCGCGCCACAAACCCAAGGCGCACGCCUCAUCUACGAAACCCACCUACACCCCUUCCUGCGUACCCACGAACUCGCCAUCGACGACUUCAUAGCCACAACCCACCACCGCCUCCGCACCUCCUUCUGGAUGUACCUCCGCCGCGCCUUCAACCUCGCCAAGUCGCAGCUCCUCGGCCUCCCAACCCAGCAAGAACCCCCUCCACCCCCGCCUGCACAGCGCUCCUACACCGCCUCCCUCCUCGAGCGCUUUAACCUUCCCAGCGCGCGCCCGGCAUUCGCAGCUGCGGCGGGGGGAGGCUGGUCCGCCGCCGACAUAUCGGGACUGCUCGCCAACGCGGUGAGUGCCGCGACGUCAUCGUCCCCGUCGGUGCAGGCGACCAAUCUGGUACCGGAGUCCAUCCAGGGCCCCGAGCGCGCGUCCUUCAUAAGCGCCCAACGCGAGCGCCUCAUGUUUCUGCUUUCGGCGCUGGAUCGCGAGGCAACGGCUUCCCCUUCUGAGGAGGCGGGGAGGGGUAUGCCAGGUGGGCUGCUUGGGGGGGACGGGGAGGUGCCGAGGAGGGUGAGCGAGGCGGCGUUGAGUGAGCUUGGUAAGAGUAGGAUUGAGGGCGAUUUUGAGACGAUUGAUCCGUUGGAGGGGAUUGGUGAGGCCGGUGCGGGUGGGAGGAAAGUGCCGGGGACUUGGAUGCCUUGGGCGUGGGGAGGGAGCCCAGCAACGGAGGGGGAGGCGAGAAGCGCAGGGGUUAAUAAAGGGGACAAGGGGCUAUGAGUUAUGAGUGUCAUUUGUUUUUGGGAACGAGACUGGGGAGUUUUGGCUCCAGCACUGUAACGUGUUGCCAUCUAUUUGAUGGUUGACCGUGUGUUGGCUCAUCGGGUCGACAGAGUUGGCUUGUGUAGACCUUAGAGGCAGAGUUCGGGCUUGGGAACCUUCCUGUAUGUGUAUGUUUGUUGGCGUUUUUAUGGUUUACGAGCAUGGGGGCAGGGAAGGCCCGCACUCUCAUUAAGGCUGCAUUGGUUGGGUUGGUUUGGAUUAUUGGGGGGGUAAUGAAACUGUCUCUGUAUAUAUAACGGAUCUAGGAAUCCAAGGCAGCCCGGUAUUUGAAAUACACUGUGUGCGUAAUCUAGAGUUUAUCUAUGCCAGGAAAUCACAUCAAUUUGUGUAAGUAAUAUUGAG